AUGCGUGCUCUCCGAAAAUCGUCUCAUCUCUCGCGCCAGCUCGUAGCUGCCAAUGGCGCCCGCUUCCACUCCACAACUGCACCGGCUGCCAAAGCGCUUACCUCCGUCCUGAUCGCCAAUCGCGGAGAAAUCGCGCUCCGCGUCGGCCGCACAGCCUCAGAGUAUGGCGUGCGGACAACAACCCUCUACACAGACCCAGAUGCUCGUUCACAACACGCUCUUAGCUCGCCUUUCGCCGUGAACCUCGGCGACCCUUCCGCAUACCUAGACGGUGACAGGAUUAUACAGAUUGCGAAAGAGCAAGGCUGUCAGGGUAUACAUCCAGGCUAUGGCUUUUUGAGUGAGAACCCACACUUUGCAAAGAAAUGCACAGAAGCCGGUAUCACCUUCAUCGGGCCACCAGCUCAGGCUAUUGAAGCCAUGGGCAGCAAGAGUGAAUCCAAGAACAUCAUGACCAAGGCUGGCGUUCCAUGUGUACCAGGUUACCAUGGUGCCGAACAAGACCCCGAACAUCUGAAGAGCGAAGCAGCAAAGAUCGGCUACCCUGUCCUUCUUAAAGCAGUCAAAGGUGGAGGUGGUAAAGGGAUGCGAAUCGUCAACACGGAGCAGGACUUCUUCGACCAGCUUUCAUCAGCCAAGGGCGAGGCUCGCAACUCAUUCGGCGACGAGGUCAUGCUCGUAGAGAAGUACAUCACAACACCGCGACACAUCGAAGUACAGGUCUUUGCGGACAGUCAUGGAAACUGUGUUGCGCUUGGUGAGCGUGACUGCAGUAUUCAGCGACGACACCAGAAGAUCUUAGAGGAAUCACCGGCACCACAUUUGCCAGAAGACAUUCGUCAAGAUCUCUGGGAGAAAGCGAGGCAAGCUGCUCUCGCAGUUGGGUACGAGGGUGCUGGUACAGUCGAGUUCAUCUUCGACAACGACACCGGCGAAUUCUUCUUCAUGGAGAUGAACACUCGUCUACAAGUUGAGCACCCCGUCACCGAGAUGGUCACUGGUACAGAUCUGGUCCACUGGCAACUCAUCGUAGCAGAAGGCGGUCGCCUCCCACUCACACAGCAAGAGAUCGAACAAAGGAUAAAGGAACGGGGCCACGCCAUCGAGGCUCGUAUCUACGCCGAGAAUCCUGACAUGAACUUUAUCCCAGACUCUGGGCUACUGCUCCAUCUGCGCACACCAAUACCAACACCUACAGUACGCAUAGACUCCGGGUUCGUUGCUGGAGAUGAAGUCUCAUCACACUACGACCCCAUGAUCUCAAAACUUAUUGUCCAGGGCCCUACUCGAGAAGCUGCAAUCCAGAAGCUUAAAACCGCUCUCGAACAAUACGAAGUCGCUGGUCCUAUCACAAAUAUUGAGUUCAUCAAGAAGAUGUGCAUGAGUCCCGACUUCGUCGCUGGCUCCGUCGAAACCGGCUACAUCCAGAAACACCACGCCGAGCUCUUCACGCCCAUUCCUCCUGCGCCAGAAGUCUUUGGACAAGCUGCGCUCGGUCUUGCGCUUCAGCAGGUCUCCUCGAGCAGAUCUGAUCCCUUCUCCGGCCCACCAAUCUCCGCCGCUGGCUUCGGUCUUGGCUUCCAGCAGCGCAAGUUCGAUCUAGUGGAGACGCCCGCGGACGGCAAAGGUGAUGUGACAAGCACACCCGUCACCAUCCGCCAAACUGCACCGUCCAAAUUCGACAUCACCGUUGGCUCGGAAACAUACGCCGACGUGACAAGCACCUUCAGUCCCUCGAGCAACAUACUCACAACAUACUAUCCCCACACACGCCUCUCCACAACGUUCAUUCGCGACGAGGAUCGCCUGACCUUGUUCCAGCAAGGCAAACAAUACCGCCUACAGCUUGCAAUGCCUAAGUGGGCCGAGAAAGCUCUCGGGAUCAAGGACGUAACAAACAGCGUACUAGCGCCCAUGCCUUGUAAAGUCCUUCGUGUAGAAAUCGAGGAAGGACAGGAAGUGAAGAAGGACCAACCGCUUGUUGUCAUUGAGAGUAUGAAGAUGGAAACUGUGAUUCGGAGUCCGAUGGAUGGCGUCAUCAAGAAGAUCAUACAUGGCAAAGGGGAUCUUUGUAAGGCUGGGACGGCACUUGUCGAGUUUGAGGAAGUCGAAGCAGCUUCGUAA